AUGUUCCAGGAGUCCUCAGCAGCACUUCAGGCCGCAGAGAAAUCGCUCUAUGAACUCAUUGGAGAAAGGUACCCACCAACUUUACAUGUUACUGAUCAACACCAUGAGAGUUUAGAUGAAAGCCAUGAACCGAAUCCUCGCACUUGUUCUACUAGUAGCCCGAACAGCAACAGUUGUGGUGGUAGUAGCUUAAUUGAUUCUGGGUGGAGUUAUAAUGAUAAUUAUACAUCACAUAGUCCAGUGCUCAGCUCAAGCACAGUAAUUGAUAGUUCAUUCGCAGAAUCUCCAUUGAGCAGCAUUUCAGUUCCAGACUUUUUUGCUGAGACCGAGUCUGCUAUUCAGUUUAGAAAAGGGUUUGAAGAGGCAAGUAAGUUCAUUCCCAGGAGUAAUUUGGCUCUUGAUGUAGAGAGUAACGGGAUCUACCUUAAAGACCUUUAUGAUCAUGAUAGUAAGCAUGAGCCUAGAGGAAAGAAGAACCCUCAUCCUCCUGAGUAUCUCAACUUGGAGGUUGGAUCUGGAAGGAGCAGUAAGCAGUCAGCAGUUUCUUCUCCCGAAUCAACAGUGAGUUCUGCAGAUUUUGACAGGAUAUUACUCAACUGUGCACAGGAUCCAGAGGCUUCACUCCGUGCAGCUCUCCAGAGUGAGAAGAACAAGACAGCACAGCAGAAUAGACAAACCACCAAAGGGUUGUCUAGUAGUGGUGGCAGAGCUCGAGGCAAGCGCCAGGGGAAAGCUAAACAAAAUGUGGUUGACUUAAGGACACUGUUGACUCUCUGCGCACAGGCUGUUGCUGCUGAUGACAGGAGGAACUCAAACGAUCUUUUGAAACAGAUAAGGGAUAAUGCUUCCCAAACUGGGGAUGGAAUGCAGAGACUCGCAUACAUUUUUGCAGAUGGUCUGGAGGCACGCUUAGCUGGCUCGGGAACACAAAUAUAUAAAGCACUCAUUACAAAGCCAACCUCAGCUGCUGAUGUGUUGAAAGCGUACCAGCUGUUUCUAGCUGCAUGUCCAUUUAGGAAGCUCUCGAACUUUUUCUCAAACAAAACAACAAUGAACUUGGCUCAACGUUCGACAACGAAAACUCUUCACAUAGUUGAAUUCGGAAUUCUUUAUGGUUUCCAGUGGCCAUGCCUCAUUCAGCGCUUGUCCUCCAUGCCUGGUGGGCCUCCAAAGCUUCGAAUCACAGGAGUCGAUUUCCCGAACCCGGGUUUCCGGCCAGCUGAAAGGGUGGAGGAGACUGGGCGUAGGUUGGCAAACUACGCUAGAACUUUCAAUGUUCCGUUCGAGUUCAAUGCCAUUGCACAGAAGUGGGACACUAUUCGGAUCGAGGAUCUCAAGAUUGAGAAGGGUGAGGUUCUGGUUGUGAACUGUUUAUUCAGGCUGAGAAACUUGCUGGAUGAAACGGUGGUGGUGGACUGUCCUAGGAACAUUGUCCUAAACCUGGUGAGGAAGAUGAGGCCCGAUGUCUUCAUACUCGGCGUUGUCAAUGGAGCCUACAGCGCACCAUUCUUCAUCACCCGGUUCAGGGAGGCUCUCUUCCACUACUCCACUUUGUUUGAUAUGUUGGAGACUACUGUUCCACGUGAUAUCCCGGAGAGGAAGCUUAUUGAGAGAGAAAUUUUCGGUUGGGAGGCCAUGAAUGUGAUUGCUUGUGAAGGUGCAGAGAGGCUGGAGAGGCCAGAGACAUACAAGCAGUGUCAAGUCAGGAUGCAAAGAGCUGGGUUCACACAGCUGCCUCUGAAUAGGGGGAUUUUUACGAUUGCAAAAGAAAAGGUGGCAAGGGGCAUUGUGGGGUGACCUUGCCAUAGGGCAAUGGUUUCUUCAUUCUGUGAGUUCAUGGACAAUCAGUGAGAGACUGAGAGUUGCAGCGUUAGCCAAGAGAGUUCCCUGCUUUCUAGGCGUGCAAUGCAGCAGUAUCCAUCUCAAUGAGCGAGGAAGAGAUGAUCGUUGACCAAUGAUCGAUCAAGUGUCUCAUGGCAACCGCUAGAGCUUCUUGUUUGAGAGCUAAGGAUCAUCUGUAGCCUUGAAACUGUGUUGAAAAACACAUCACAGAAGAGAAGAUUACAGUUUUCGUUUUUCGCCAUGUAUAGCUUCAGAAGUGUAAAUUUCUUGAUUUGUUUUUAGUGUUCCGUACAUUCCUAAGCUAUUAGCUGUGGCAAUGCAUCAAAAUGGCUAAUCUAAUCAGAUUCUGUUGGCAGAAAUAUCUGCAAUGUUUCUGAUAUCAGCUCUAGGAUCUGCAGACUUUUGAGUUGAAUAGUUCGUUAAGUACCCCAUAGUAAUAAUUUUGUUCUUUAGCCAUUCACCUCAUCGUAUGGUUCUGAAAAUGCAAGUGGGUGAUGGUGAUAGCGGUGGUGGCCGUCAUAUUCUCGUUAGAAAAGUCCUCAUCCAUGUCUCUUUCUCCUGUUUUUCCCAAAUACAAUGCACAGCUGAAGCACUUUGUUUGUUUUCUCUAUAAAAUCUUUGGUCUUGGUCACUGUCAGCUUUGUAUAUAUAUAUUUUUUUUGUUUCACCAAACUAGUAGCUUGUCAAUGUCUCCUAGCUGGUUCUACGGCUGGAGUCAGCUGA